CAUCGAACAUGGCCUCUUCAAUGUCUAUUCUUGUAUUGCUGUUUACUUCUGUUCUUCUGUGGUCAUACUUCCCUUUUGCAAAAGCUCAGGGAGGAUCUCAAUCAAUAGUUUCUGGACUUUCUUGGACUUACUAUGAUUCUUCCUGUCCCAAGUUGGAGUCCAUUGUAAGAAAACAGCUCAAGAAGGUUUUCAAGAAUGACAUCGGCCAAGCUGCUGGGCUGCUUCGACUCCAUUUCCAUGAUUGCUUUGUCCAGGGAUGUGACGGUUCAGUGCUGCUGGAUGGAUCAGCAAGUGGGCUGAGCGAACAAGGGGCACCUCCCAAUUUGAGUCUGAGGGCUGAGGCCUUCAGAAUUAUCAAUGAUCUCCGAAGGCGGGUGCAUGACAAGUGCGGUAGAGUUGUCUCCUGUGCAGAUAUUCUCGCACUUGCUGCUCGUGAUGCUGUUUUUCUGUCUGGGGGGCCUGACUAUGAAGUUCCAUUAGGCCGACGCGACAGCCUAAACUUUGCAACCACAGCUGCAACGCUGGCCAACCUUCCGCCACCUUCAAGCAACACCACUGCCCUCAUCACAUCUCUAGCAACCAAGAACUUCACAGCCACCGACGUGGUGGCGCUAUCAGGUGGCCACACCAUUGGAAUCAGUCACUGCACCUCUUUCACCAACCGACUCUACCCCAGUCAGGACCCCACCAUGGACAAGUCGUUUGCCAAAAAACUGAAAACCACUUGCCCGACGGCAAAUUCAAAUAACACCACUGUGCUCGACAUUCGAUCCCCGAACACGUUUGAUAACAAGUACUAUGUUGAUCUCAUGAACCACCAGGGCCUGUUCACGUCGGACCAGGAUCUGUACACGGAUUCCAGGACCAGGGGAAUCGUGACGGGUUUUGCCGUCAAUCAAACGUUGUUUUUUGAGAAAUUCGUGAACGCCAUGGUGAAGAUGUCGCAGCUGAAUGUGUUGACGGGGAGAGAGGGGGAAGUUCGAGGGAAUUGCUCCGCCAGUAAUUCGGACAGUAUCGUGUUGAUUUUUUCCCCCGCAGGAGAGGAAAAGGAGGCCCUGUCGGGUUUUUAAGAGCUCUCCCAUCAUAUGUUGUGGCCUUGUUCAUGCAUAUGCUUGUGCUAGAUUGAGUCCGAAUAAUUAUGUUUGAUGACUUUCUUGCAACUCGAUGAAUGAGCUCCUAAGGAAAUAAAAUUCAAGAGGGAAAUUCGAAGC